AUGUUUCAUUCUCGCUGUAGACGAUCCUGGCUACAGUGUCUUGAGAACAAGAUAGUUACAGUCUUAGCUGGAGUGGUGGCCUUCCUUGACAUGAACAGGAAUUUGGACAUUAUAAGAGACAUGCCGAGUGAUCAUUGGGCUCACAUUCUGUGGUUGAGAAUUCUGCACAGUCCUCCUGCCUGUCAGCUCCACUACAAAGACUUGCUGUCUCCAGAAACUCGCCAGGAGCUGGGUGAGAUAAUUCCAUACAACACUGGAGUACACGGAAUACCUUUCACAGCAGAGCUGCCCUUCUCGUGGUUACUCCAACAGCUUAUUGAAAGUGCUCUCACUAAUGCUGAAAACAGUCGUCUCCAAGAAAGUGAAGAGAUCAGUGUGGAACAUGCCAAGCUAGACUUAGUAGGUCGUGUCAUUCUUGAUACUCCAUAUGGCAAUCUCUUGAAUGCGGUGUCUGCAGAAAGGGGAAGUAACCAGAGAGAGAUUAUCAUGGCCUACGUGAAAGAUUUUGUCCACACAAAAUAUCCUUGCUCGAGUCCAAAAAAACAUCAGAUUUUGUGUGAAGCCUUGGAAAUCUCAUCCAGACAAGCAAGGAUGGACAUAACAAGUUUGGACUUGAUGCCAGCACUGGUUGCAGUACAUUGCACUCACUCUCUUGUGAUGGGCAGACUACAGGCCUUCCAGGACAUUGAGCAGGUCUGGCCACAAGUGCUGGAUGCUGUGUGUCAGAUGAGGGAACAAGGAGGACAUGCUCUUCUCAACACUGAAGAACUGACACUGGAUGUUUUGGGCCUACUUCUGCUUCUGGAGCAGCUUGAACCACAGAAGGAACAACUGAAUAAGGAAAAGGGAAGAGCAGAAUGGCUGGAAAAGGUCAAAACCUUUUCACCAGUCAUUCAAAGAAUUUUUGACAGCAUUGACAACAUGGCCCUUGGUCUUGGAUCUGUGUGUCUUGGACACAUGACAGGAGCAAGAUGUUUGUGGACGAGAGUGGUAACUAUGAAGCUGUUUUUGGAGAGUUUCUCAGCCAAGGGAUCUAAGGAGAAUAAGAAAGUCUCUGAAAACCUGGUUGCACGAUGCAUGCCUCUUUGGCAGCUGCUGGGAGAAAAGGCUGACUUGAAGAAAAUCCAGUCGCUAGAAAAAGUUGAAAAAUUCCUUAUAACUGUUAACAGAGCUGUCCUCCAGAAAUUGUCAGAAAAACUAGGAUCAUGUUCUUAUUGUACAAGUCCAUUUGAAGCUCCUCCAGUUGUGUUGCCGUGCAGGGACAAAAUUUGUCAGAAAUGUUACAAUGACUUACUUGCCCUUGAUGACCACUGUUGUCCCAAGUGUCACAGAGGUAUACCAGCUGACUUUGACAAAUAUGCCGCAUCAGCACAGAAAGAUAUAUCAGCUGAACAUCACUGUUAUCAACGAUGUUGUAAUACCUUCCUCAUGUCAGUUGUUUCAAAUCUCUGCUUUGGAGGAGACACGGCUCCUGAGGAUGCCGUCAUUGAAAGGAUCCUGACUUACAUCACACGGAAAACGUCAUCACAAGGACUUGGUGUUUCAGAAAGACUACAGACAAAGCAGAUGACAGUGUUUGAUGAUCUGGUUGAUCCCACUCCAGUGGUGAGAUCAUUUCUGCUGAAGCUGCUCAUUCAAAAGAGUGAUGAACAUGUCCAGCAAUACCUUGAUGAAUUCCUCCAACAAGCUGAGAGACUUUGCCACCAAAAAGCUCAACAUAACUCUGGUAUUCUGCAGUUCAGUCUUAUGGUCAUUCAGUGCCUUGAGGAUCAACUUCAUGAAACCGCAGCCAUGGAGGAUUUUGACAUUGAGAUGAAGAUGGCAACUCGAUCUAUCAGUUUAGCAGUUCAAUACAUUGCAAGUCCCGCUAUUGAUAUGGCUAAAAUGCAUGUUAUUGCAAAUGCAAGGUUUGGUUUGAUGACUGCAGCCAAAUACCUUCAUAUGCUUGUAACUGAAGAAGCAAUUACAAAAUCAUCAGUCUUUACAAAAAUGCUCAGGCAAGCCAAGGAAUUAAUUGAAAUGGAAAACUUUGAUUGGUCAAGGAAGUUUUUCCUCAAGCAACUGUGCAGGGAAUUUGGAACAGACAGCUACCACAGAAUCUGUCAGUGGGAUGAAACACGAUGGCUUGCUUUAGAGGAUCCAACUAAUAAGGGGAAGGAAUGUGCAGACAGAUACAUAGUGUGUUCUGUAGACUAUCAGAAGAUCCGUGACAUGGUGGCUAAAACUCUUCUUGGAGAAAACAUGACUCAUUUGGAAACCAUGCUUAUGGAAAUGGCCAGUCCACUGAUUCGGAUGCAUCUGUUUCUAGCCAUCCACCGUGAAGUCACUUUGAAAUAUGUUCAACCUGAUGUUCAACAAGACCAAGCCUUGGCUAAAGCUGUGGAAAACCUUCAAACAUUUGCCGACAAUACAAAAAGUAUAGGCAAUGCCAAUGAUCUGCACCAGCUGCUACAGAAUCGCUUUGGACAACAAACUCCUCUGCUAAACUUCCAGCUAGGACAAAGUCUGAGAGAUCAGAGCAUCCUCUGCAUGCUGUUUCACUUUUCUCUUGUUCUGAGAAACUGUCCGGAAAAGAAGAACUUCUUACAUCCACUGAUUGCUAUGGCUACAAAUCCAGCUCUUUUCACUAAUUCUUACUUGCCAACAAUGCCACAAGAUGAUCUCUCACAGAUAAGGCAAGUUCUGACCGGUGUUGUGUAUUAUCGUUGUCCCAGAGGUCAUCCAUAUGCCAUUGGUGAGUGUGGUAGGCCAUACACAGAGAGCAGGUGCAAUGAAUGUGGUUCAAGAAUAGGAGGAACCAACCAUACAGCAGCUACAGGAAAUGUACAGGAUUCAGGAGUUGAUCAAACAAAGACUGGUCAUAUUUUGGGUGAUGCUAACCAGAGACCAAACAUCUCACCAUCAGAACGUAAACUGAGUAGUCAAGCUUGUGCCUUACUCAGAUUGCUUACUCAUGCAGCUCUACUCCUCGGCUGUGAUGUUAACACGCAGGCUGUUUCAUCCAUGGUGCAGCCGCCAGCUGUAUAUGAUGUGUGUCUGUUUUUUUGGAACCAUAUUCAAAAAGAUAUAGAACAACUUCAUAGAUGUGUGGGGAAAAGUGUUGAUGACAUUUUUCUAUUACUUCAUUUCAUCUUUCACCAAAUAUCUGAUGGAACUCGAGGAGUUGCUAUAGGAACAACCCCCGUGACUUUGUCAACAAAACAGGAAAGAGAAGAGUGGGAAGAAAGAUUUGCCGGCAUAUUUAUUUCUCCAUGUUUACAGGUAUCACAACCAUAG